AUGGAAAUCAAAGGCGUGCUAAAGGAAAAUGAUGGAUUAAGAAAACUUUCUUCUUCAUUUGACAUAUCAUCACUUAGCAACCAUGCUCUUGAAUGGGGUUCCUGCAAGACUUUGAAUAGCUUCAACAAAGUGUUGAUGGAGUUGGGGUGUCCAACGAAGGCGUGGAAGUUCAGAUUUGUUGUACUGCCUCACACUUGUCUCACAAUUUUCCAUUUUCCUGGGCUUCACCUUUUCACAUAUGUGAGGUUACGGCAUAGAUUGAAGCUGAAAGCAAAUAAUAAGAGUGGUUUCACACCUUCAACACUUCAACACUUCAAUGUGAAUGCUGCAGAGGUAGCAACCUCUACAAGUCUAUGGCCAAUGACUUUUCAUGACAUUGAAUUAAAGGGAUUCCCAAAACCUAAGGCGUGUAUUGCACUAAAAUUCAUAAAAGUAGAACAGAUAGGUGAAGAGACUGAGUCCUUGGGAGAAAAAUGGGGAUUCCAGUCAUGUUUGGAGAAUUUUUUUAUGAGGAGGCAUAAGCAAUGUCUAUCCAUGGCUCUCCGCGCGAAAAUGCUAAUGCAGUUGGGGAAGCCAUUUUCUCGACAAUACAUGGACAAAGAGAAGGCUUGA